AUGGUGAGACCGAAGAGACGUAGCGAUGAUAACCAGGUUGGUUCAUCUAAGAAGCAUGGGAAUAGAAGGGCUGAACCGACUUAUGAUACAUAUGACGAAGCUCUUGACGGAGGAGUAGAAUUGGAAGAGAAAGGAGAAAGAUAUAAAGAUGGCGAUAGAGCUCAAAGAUUCUACGAAAAAGCUCUCGAAUUGUAUAGGAAGGCAUAUGAUUUCAAACCGACUUUCGACGCUGCAUACAACCAAGCUCGAGUCUUAUACACACUCUCAACCUCUUUCCUACUCCCUCCACAAAAUGUCGAGCUUCUCUCAUCGGCCGUGGACAUCUACCGACAUUCUAUGACCCUCACCACUGACCCAUUAUUGCUCUUAGAUGCAGGGUACAAUCUCGCCGAGACCCUGUCCGACCUGGCAUCGAUCAUCGAGGAUCUUUAUCCGGAUCGGACUGCUCAAGUUAGGGCUAUACGAGAAGAAGCUUGUGUGAUACUUGGCAAUGUGUUCGAUGGACAAGAACGAUAUCUCUCGUCUCAUCUCUCUACCACCGCAACACACAUAGAAGACCAGUCGGAGAAUGUUCCCGUGGAAGUUAAUGAACCAUUGCCAGAUGGGGAUAUUCCAAUGGAUAUAGAACAAGUGGAAGACUCAGACAAGACAAAUGAAACCCCAUACGAAACUCACCUACCUACUCCUUCUUCCCUUAUCGAUACUCUAUCCAACCUCAUCUCACUUCAUCUUACAUUAUGGGAAACCUCGUCUCACCCUCAUCCACCAACAGAACAAGAACAACUUGUCCUUCGUCAAUUCCUUCACCGCGUUACACCCUACAUACCUCCCUCCAAACAAUCUCAAGUGGACUUACUUGAAAUUCGUAUAAUUCUCACUGAAGAUUCUUUGAUCUGGGAAUCUUUCAAAUCACAAGCAACGAUAGGAGGGGGGUUUGAACAAUCUCUUCAAGGUGCUUUAAUGGCUUUAACAUCAUUAUUAUCUUCUUUGAAUAUAACACCUCCUGAAGAAACAUCAUUACGAGCUGAAAUCCUUCUACUUUUAUCUGAUACACAUGUUACAUUAUCAAAUCGAUUGAUUCAUCUUAACAAACAACUACCACCUGGUCCAAGUCCAUUAGGUCAACAAGCAUGGUCACAAUUAUCAGAAUCAAUAACAAGAUUAACACAAGCUUUGAACCUACCUAAAACAUCAGAAACACCGAGAGGGUAUAAGGGGAAUAUAUUAUUAGAAUUGAGUAAAACAAGUUUAGAACGUGUUAAAUUGAAAAAUGUAAAUGAAACGGCCAAACGGAAUGUGAAUCAGUUGAUAGAGAACGCAAGGACUUAUGGUAUCAAUGCCAUUUCAAGUUUGAAUUGGAAAGGGGUUUUAGAAGAUGGGAUUUUGACUUUGGCUUAUCCUACAGGAUGGGAUGAUGAGGUUUUAGCUAGGGAAAUUGUCAUACAUCAGAUUAGGGUGUUGUUAUAUGCGAGUCAAUCUGAUUUGUUGGAAUUGGAUAAUAGGGGAAAGUAUUCGAGUGAAUUGGAAGGGGUUUUGAAGAGGUUGAAUAAGUUGGAAGAAGGGAGGAAGAUUGGACAAAGGGAUUUAGAGAGGUUUUGGGAUGAUUUGGAAGAUGAUAUGACGGAAGAAGAAAAAGGUUGGUGGGCCAGUGUAGUGUGGGGUUUUACGGACGUAGCUUUGUAG